CCAUCCGCUUUACGGCAGUGACUGUCAUUGCUCUACGGCACGUCGUAAAAACAAAAACUCGGCUUUGCGCUCCUCUGCUCGCACAUUUCAGCCGCUCUCACUUGCCCGCCCGACUUGAAAGGCGAUUUUUUUGUGUUGUUACAUCUCUCCGCAUUUAUUUGGCUUACCAACGUAUUUCGUACAAGCAGAGAGGAGUUAAAAGGGGCGGCGGGGGCGGGGCGGGGAGGCGGCAAGACGGAGGAGGACGAGGAGGCUGCGCGAGUGGUUGAUUUCACCUCGACGAGAGUUAAAGGCGGGAGCUCCGCUUGUUUCCCUAUCGCCAGGGCCGUUAAAGACCGAGGGGCGGUCAUGGCGGCAUUGGGCAGGGAGGUGAUUCUCGCCGAUUUUCAGGCAUGCACAGGCAUAGAAAAUAUAGAUGAGGCCAUCACACUGUUGGAGCAGAACAACUGGGAUUUAUUGGCUGCCAUCAAUGGAGUGAUUCCUCAAGAAAAUGGCGUCUUACAGACUGACCGAGCAGGAAGUGAAGAGAGCAGCCCCCUCCUCUUCCCCUUGGACCCCGUGCCCCCCACAACCCCAGCCCUCAGCUCCCAGCCGGUCCCGUUUCCUGUGUCCGCGUCUGGGUCUGGGUCACCACCCCCGCUGCGGCCAUCGGGAUCCGGGCUCCCGAGAUCCGCAUCUGGGUCAGGGCUUUCCAAGGCAAUGGCUUCUGGAUUCCGGCCAAUGCCAACAGAGAAGACACCUCGAUUUUUAAACUUUGUGGUGGAGCACCGCAACAGGAACGUGGAGUUGACCGUGGAGGACUGCUCCACCGUGGGAGACGUCAAGAAGUGUCUACAGAAUGAACUGCAGGUCCCCACUGAGCAAAUGCAGCUCUGCGGGUGGCAGGCAACUGAUGUCACGGACUUGUCUGUUCUACACUCACUGCAUCUUCCAAAAAACAAUAGCCUCUUUCUGCUGACGACAGACGUCGCCUCACCCCAGUCUGCAUCCGGGUCAAGUUUUGGCAGUGCCCUCACAGACCGGAUCAAUCAGACGUUCCUGCUCAUCGUGCGACACCGCGAAGCUCAGCGGGAGUACAAACUCAACUUCCCCGGCGCUCGGACCAUCAGAGAUGUCAAAUACAAUGUUGCCGACCUCACCAACAUUCAAGUAAGACAGCAGCAGUGGGAGGGAUGGCCUCUUUCUGCGAACAACGACGCGUUGACCUUAGCUGCCGCUGGCCUCUCGUAUCCGUGUCAUCGUCUCUCCGUGUCCAAAAAACCUUCGGCUCUGACUGCGGCAGAGUGUUCAACCGAGGCGGUGGACGUGCACAUGGUGAGCAGUGACGAGAGUGACGAGUUUGAGGAGGCGGCUGAGUCAUUUGGAGUGGAGGACUCGGAGAUGUUUAUGUCUGAGUCUACCCAACGCAAGACGGCACCUAUGAUGCCACAGAACUCAGAAAAUGAGGCCGAGGCACUUAUGCAGUUCACAACGGAAUUCUCAUCACGAUAUGGUGAGUGCCACCCCGUGUUUUUCAUCGGGGGCCUUGAGGCAGCUUUACAAGAGGCGUUCUACAGCCGACCACAGGACCGCAAGCUCCUGGCCGUAUACCUGCACCACGAUGGCAGCGUCCUCACCAACGUGUUUUGCUCACGCCUCCUCUGUGCCGAGUCGGUGGUGACGUACCUGUCACAGAACUUCAUCUCCUGGGCAUGGGAUGUCACCGCGGAGGCAAACAGGGCACGGUUUCUCAGCUCCUGCACCAGGCACUUUGGGAGUGGGGCAUCUCAGACACUGCGCUCCUACAAACCCGACCAGUUCCCCCUGCUCCUCGCCAUCAUGGGCAAGCGAACCUCCAACGAGGUGCUCUCCGUCAUCCCAGGAAACACAACACUGGAUGAGAUGAUGAUGAGGUUGAUGCACGCGGUUGACAUCUUCACUGAGCAACAGAGGCAGGACAUCAAGGACGAGGAGGAGCGUGAAGCUCGUGAGACUGUGAAGCGGGAGCAAGAUGAAGCAUACCGCCUCUCGCUGGAAGCCGACCGCGCCAAACGUGAUGCACAGGAGAAGGAAAUUGCUGAGCAGGCAAAGAGGGAGCAACUCAAACAAGAAAAGCAGCAGGAAAAAGAGGCUCUCAUGGCUUCACUUGCCGAGUCUCUCCCCCCGGAGCCGGCAGCGGAGGGUGCUGAGGCUCCCGUGACGCGCCUGCGCGUGAGGACGCCACAGGGAGAAUUUCUCGAGCGAAGAUUCCUCGUGUCCCAGCCACUCCGCGCACUCAUCACCUUCGUGGCAUCGCGAGGAUUCGCGCAGAGAGACUUCAAGCUGCUCACGACGUUUCCACGGAGAGAUCUCUCUGUUCUUGACCCAGACAAGUCGUUUGAAGAACUGAAGCUUUUUCCACAGGAAACUCUGUUUCUCGAGGCGAGGAAUUAAAUUGGCGAUUGCGGUAGUGAUGGUGUUGGUGGCGCUGAUGGUGGUGAUGGCGGCGAAGAUAGUGAUGGCAGAGAUGCCAGGAGCCAUUUCAACAUCAUCAUCUCGUCCCUUCGUUUCCUGCUGACUGCUCCCAUUCAUAAACAAAAACCAAGUUUUUGGAACGGAACUGCUUUGUGUGUGGCUAGAUGAGAGUUUACCAGGGUUGAUGGAAAAGUCCACUGCCUAACGUAGCAUGAGUGGUGCUACAAUAUAGGGUGAAUCAUCAAUUAAAAGUACAUACAAAAUAUUGAUAAAAUUUGAAAGCAAUAGAUUAACUUUAUCUUUUCCUGACAAGUGUUAGAAAUAAUUUUCUUAAAAAAUGAAGAGAAAUCAAGAACACACAAAUAUUGAGAAAAUUUGUUAAAUCUAUGUAAACGUCAGAGAAACUUAGACAAAUGUGGAAAAAACCGAUACAAUAUUUGACUCCCCGUUUCUUCCACAUUCUCCCCACAGGUAAAAAGAAUCGCUUGCAGAGAAAAUGACUUUCUUGUGGCAAUGAAGUGACGUGUGCUAUGUUCGAGUGGUUUAGGAGCAGGGGAAAAAAGUUCUUCCAGGUGGGGAUUAACGUUUGGGCACUGAUGGAUGGAAUGCGUUGCAAUUCAGUGGAACCAUAUCGUGAAAUGACAGCUUCAAGGUCACUCAUUGCUUUCUGUAUCAGGCCACAGACUUUUCCAUUGCUGCUCGUAAAACAACUAAAACACAAUUAUUAAUAUUGCAAAAGAGUUUCCAAAAAUUAUAUUAAACAAAUAACUUAAAAAUAAGCAGAUAUUAAAGAAAAUGUUCGUACUUGUAAAAAACCACAGACUCGGAAAAGCCUCGGAAGCUGUUCCUCUCAGAGGUUUGUGAUAGGAGGUGGCGGUGGCUAAUUCAGAUUUCUACUGGAGAGUCCAUACACAACUUGUGUUUAGAGAUUAUUAACGUCCCAUUUCACGAACUCAAAAUUCCUAUUGCAUUUUUCUUUUCAGUUUUGGAUGAUUUUUCCCCCUCCCCCCCCGCAUAUGCAGAGGAGAAGGGAGCGUGUGAAACGUUAAAACAAAAUAAAGUGCAAAAGGAACUUUUCA